GGGCUGUUUUGCACAGCCUAAAAAUAUAAUUAUUGCACUUCAUUAUCAUAAAUAUUAUUAUUUAAAUAAGAGUUAUGUUUGGAAAGGCAUAACAUCUGACUUAACUGGUGUGCACGACGGGAGAGACAGAGCAGGUGACAGCCAAAAUUAGAUGCGUGUUGCUGUUUUAGGCAGCAGAAGCCGGCACUCAAGUUGAGAUUGUGUGCAGCUAAACUACUGGCAUAGCAGCACGAGACCCGUGAUUUCACUGGAACUGUUACGCAAGGUGAGAUUUGUUUACUGUUCGGUGAAGCGCGAACAAUUUAGUGGAAGCGGCGGGCCAGGUGUCGGCUGUGCAUGCCCUAGUUCAACAUUUCCUCGAAAUGUGAGUACAAAUGUCAAAACCUCUGUUGUUCACCGACACUCUUCUGUACGAACGGUAGUUCUGUGAAGACAGCGACCUUGAGAGAGACAUGAAUUCUUCUUAUCUGUGAUCUUUCUGGAAAUGGACUGGUCACUUUAAAUGUGUGAGUUUAGGAGUACUGUGUCAUAUUACGGAUACUAAGAAGUUCCUGUUGGUUAAAGGAAUACACUGAGGAUGGAUCCAUUAGAUGACGUAGAUGAUGAUGACGAAGAUCUUUUUGAUGCUGCCAUCCAACUGAGCAUCCAAGAGUCUUGUAAUGACAUUGCCUCCCUUGGAAGUGUGGAACAUCAAAAAAUCUUGGAUGCAAUUUUCCGAGGAGAUCUUUUCGCUCUAGAGAAGCUGUCCGAUUAUCCUGCUGCAUUCACUGAGGUGGACAGCAGAGGAUGGUACCCGCUCCACAGAGCUGCUGUCCAACAGUCUGUACAGGUGCUGGAGAUGGUCAUUUAUGGUUCUUACAGAUUAUCCUUAGAGAGAGAAACUGCAGCUGGAGAGACGCCAUUGAUUUUGGCCAUUCAAGCGGGUCUGGUGGAGAAUGUGAGGACCCUGCUUGAACAUGGAGCUUCACCCAACAGGGCCAACAGCAAGAACGAAUUUCCCCUAUUACUGGCUGUAAGAACAGAUUCAUUUGAAAUAGCUUUCACACUUCUAUCACGAGGCGCAUCUGUGAACCAAGCCUGCCUUAAAAAGUGGACUGCCGUUCACGAAGCUGCCAAGGUGGGCUGCACUGAUAUUCUUCAGCUCCUGCUUCAGCGUGGAGGCGACGUAUCUGAGGUAGACCAGAAUGACAUGACGCCUAUAGAGAUUGCCGCAGAAAACGCCCGAGCAGAAGUGUUGGACAUCCUCAUUCACUACGGUGGCGAUGUAAAUGCCCAGGCGCCAAACGGAGACAGUGUUUUAUAUGAUGCUGCUGGCUCUGGCAAUCCUGACUGCAUUGAGCUUCUACUUCAACAUGGAGCUGAUCCCAACAAAGCUAAUCUUUCCUCACGGUUGCCGAUCCACCGCGCGGCUUACGAAGGGCAUUACCUGGCUCUGAGAAUGCUCAUCCCCGUAACCACAAAAGAAGCUCUCCAUCUCUCACGCCAGAGCCCAGUUCAUUCAGCGACAGACGGAGGUCACAUCCAGUGUCUGGAGUUCCUGCUGGAGAAAGGCUUUGAUGUCAAUGCUCUUCUGGACACGCACGUCUCUGAGACCUACGGCGACACAAGACAGACCGCCUUAUACUUUGCUGUCUCCAAUGGAGAUGUGAGCAGCACUCAGGUGCUGUUAAACGCUGGAGCCAGAACGGACCUGGAUCCUCUGCACUGCCUCCUUGUGGCAGUGAGAUCCGGGAGGUACGAGAUUGUCAAGUUGCUCUUGGCCAGACAGGCUGAUGUGAACUGUUACUUCACGAUGGUCAACGACACGGUGUUCCCCACUGCACUACAAUACUGUCUGAAAGACGAGAUGAUGAUGCGACUGCUUUUAAACGGCGGUUAUCAUGCGGAAAAAUGCUUCUGGUGUCAUCAUGAUUUAACAUGGGGGAAUUACUCAGAACAUCCAAGAGAUAAGAUCCCAUUCUGUGAUUUUAUCAGCGUCUCUUCGCUCGUCCAGCUCUCCGGAAGAGCUGUACGGGUUCUCUUGGAUUAUGUCAGUCAUGUUUCCAUCUGCUCAAAACUGAAGAUGGUUCUGAGGAAGCAUAAAGAGUGGUCAGACAUCUCAGACAUAUUGGGAAACCCUCGUUCAUUGAAGCAUCUAAGCAGACUAGUCAUCAGGAGAGAGAUGACCCCACGCAGGCUGGGUGAUCCAGACUUCAUAUACUCAGGUCCUUUCCCACCUGGACUGAAAAGCUAUCUGACAUACAAAGAGUAUGAUCUGUAUGGAAGAAUCAGUGUCAGGUGUGAUGCUCUUUUCUAAAGGUAGAAAAUAGUUUUAGCAGGUUAGAGAGUCCAUGACAACAUUCAAGUAUAUACCUAAACAUUAGGAAAAAUAUUCAAAUUAAAAUAGGAUUUCUCUUAAAGCAAACAGACCAAACAUAUUGAUGACUCAUCCUACACACACUUUGUGUCCAUUCAAGUAUGAGACUGUCCAUCCACCUUAUAUAACUUAAGUCAAAAUGUAAACCAAAUCUACUGGUUUUUGGAAAACAAAAGGACAAGCUCUUUGAUAGGCCCCGCCCCAUCUUCAUUUUACCAUAGGAUACUGAGUGAUACUUCAGGAAAGAAAAUUGUGCACCUUAAUUAAUCUGUUUGUCUUUAACUUUUAGAAAGAAAACUGUAUUUUGCAAUGGCCUGGGAGAGAUUGAUAAUACCAUUGGAUUGUUAGAAGGUUGAUAUGACCAGAGGUUUAUCCAUGUCUUUCAAACAGACCUUGCCUCCAAAUGAAUGUCUCGGUGCUAUUUGUGCAAUAAAAUAAUGUUCCGGCUAAAUGUUGCCAAAAAACAUGUUUAUAUCAGAUAAAAAUAAAAGCAUUGAUGCCAGAUCCUGUUCUGAGUCUACAAUCAAGAUGUUCCAUUCAUUUAUGUGUUAAAAUUUAAUACACU